AUGUUCCGCUCUGCCUUGGUUACCACUAGGCGAACAUACUUAAAUGCCUUCAAUGCGAAGGCCAAGGCUCGUCCAAAUUUUGGCCUUCGAGGAGUUGGAUUUUGGACGAGUGAGGUUUACCACAAACCGGGCCAAAACUAUUGGAUGGCUCUUUGUGUCAGUGGACCGUUUUUAAUCAUUGGUGCUAUUAUGUACGAUGGAUUUUGGGCAAAACUGGACGAUAUUGCCGGCGGCGGGCCAAGUCAUCUUGACUAUGGAUGGCGCAAACAGGACCGAAAACCGUGGGACUUCGCCUUUGAUAUUGGUGAAGGGUAUGCAGCUGGUCCUCCAACUCUCAGACCAGCCCCGGGCGCCGUGGAUCUAGGACACCACUAG